AUGAAGAUAGAGGAAUUGCCAGAUGUCAACCCAAAUCAAGACAAUAUAGCUGAAAAUUUUGAUAAGCUAAAAGAACUUUCACAUCCAUCUAACCACUAUACUCAAGCUUUAGCUAACCUUAAUGAUUCUUUAAUCAAUUUAAAUCUACAACAACUUCAAAUAUUAUCACUACAUUCAAAUCCAAAUUUGUCAUGGAGUUCAGUACAAAAUUCUAAACUAGUGAUAUCAAUUAUUGGCAAAUCAAACAUCAGUUCACUACUACCUCAAUACAUCAACGUAUAUUUUCGUCCGAAAUUACUAGAAAUUGAAAAAUUAGUUAAAUUAGGUCAAAAAAAGCAACUGACAUUAAGACCAAGAUUAUCAUUUCGAGAACAAAAAUUUGAUCCUUCUAUAUUAGCUCAAGCUUGGUUUUUGGUGAGUGUAAAAAAUGAUUCAGAGAUACAAAUGCUUGUAUUAUUGUUGAUUAUUGAUACUUUGAAAUUUGACAUUGAUGCUAAAUUACAAGCUUGUAAAUUACUAGAGUAUUUACAGUCAAAAGAGAUCCAAAAAGUUCCAUCCAUUCAAAAUUUAAUAGGUCCAUUAAGACAAAAUUUAAUCAAGUGUUUAACUCAUUUACCUUCAAUCACUCAAGAAGAUGAAUCUUUAAAAUUACUUACUAUUGCAUAUCCAUGUCUUUAUCAAGUUGAUAGAAAAUUUGGAAAUAAUUUGAAUUUUAUAGAAAUUAUAGGUCAAAUUUUAUCAUCAAUAAUUUAUGUUAACAACUAUCCUGAAAUAGUCAUAUUUUUAUUAAAUCAAUUAUCGAUAUGUAUUGAAGAAAUCAAACUAGAUGUAUUAAUAAAUAUAUCCAAAAUAUUUUACCUUUUAAAUAAUAUAAUCACAAAUAUCAACUACUUAGAGCAACAACCUAAAAUUAUUAUAAAAGCAAUCGAUGUGGUAAAUGAAAUACUAUCUAUUGAUAAUCCAAUGAUAUAUACUUUUGUUUAUGAUAUAAUUGGAGCUUAUGGAAUACUUUUAAAAAGAAUUAAAAAAUACGAGAUCAAAAGCAUUGAUAUUAGUUUAAUUCAACAAAGUAUAACAAAUCUAAAAAGACUAGCUUUAAAAUAUGAUAAAUUGAAUGAAUUUGAUGAAUUAUGUACAUAUAUAGACCAAUGA